GAAGCUUGAUCACCAGCUCCACCCGCAGCAAAGCAGAUGCAAAUGUAAAUCCUGUGAUCCUCUGCCUUUGUCUCCUCUUCUGCAUUUCUCCUGCUGGCUUUCCAGGAGACUUCACUUCUCCUCGAAUCUCUGCCAGAAUCUACAGCAAUCUCUCGGCUCUUCACCACAACGUCAUCCACGGUGCUCGAUCCGCAGGGUAUUGGCACCAACAUGAUCCCUCAAAGAUAACCACGAUUUCCCCAGUCAUACAAGGCGUAGUAUGAACGGAGAGUCAAAUGAGCGCCGCGACCAGCGCAUCCAGGAGUUAUGGCGCAAACUAGACACCCGCAAUCAAGGCGAACUGGACCUCUCCGCCCUUCAAAAAGGUCUUCGCACCAUCGACCACCCCCUCAAAAACGCCGACGACCUUCUUCAUGACGUUCUAAAAGUGGUCGAUACCUCGGGAGACGGUCGAAUACAGUACAAUGAGUUCAGGGUUUUUGUUGAGCACGCAGAGAAGGAAUUGUGGCAGCUGUUUGAAAGCAUCGAUCGAGACAAUAGUGGGGCACUUGACAAGGAUGAAUUGAGGGCUGCGUUCAGCAGAUCUGGUCUGACCAUCAGCAACGCUAAGCUGGAUCAAUUUUUCGAUGAGGUCGAUACUAACCAUGACGGAGAAAUCAGCUUCGAAGAAUGGAGGAAUUUCCUCCUCUUCCUCCCAUCCGGUCAGCCCAGCCUCCGUGCUGUCAUCUCCUACUACUCUGCAACAGCAAACGUCAAUCAAGAAGGAGAUGUCCAUAUCAAUGACACCCUGCAGGGCUUCGAAAUGCUGACAGACUUGUUUCCACCGCUAGGCUAUUUCAUAGCGGGUGGUCUAGCAGGCAUGGUGUCGCGAACAGUUACUGCUCCCCUCGAUCGCCUCAAGGUCUACUUGAUCGCUCAGACCAGCCCUAAGCAUGCUGCUCUAGACGCCGCCCGGAAAGGUGCCCCUGUCAAAGUGGUGACGCAUUUUGCACGUCCACUAGUCGACGCUUGUAAAGAUCUUUGGGCGGCGGGUGGAAUGAGAAGCUUGUUUGCGGGCAACGGGCUCAAUGUUGUCAAGGUGAUGCCCGAGUCGGCCAUCAAAUUUGGAGCCUACGAAGCAGCGAAAAGAGCUUUUGCCGAUUUCGAAGGCUCGGACCCUAAACACCUGCAUCCAACUUCCCAGUUCUUGGCUGGAGGAAUUGGAGGAGUGGUGUCACAAUGUGUCGUCUAUCCUCUCGACACAUUGAAGUUCCGGAUGCAAUGCGAGACGGUAUCAGGAGGACUUCACGGCAAUGCACUGAUCGCCCAGACAGCACGCAAAAUGUGGAAACAGGGAAGGAUGGCACCAUACUACCGAGGCUUGGGCAUGGGCCUGGCGGGAAUGUUUCCCUACAGCGCAAUCGACUUGUUCAUCUUCGAAAAUUGUAAGCACUAUGUGCUGGCAAGGAAGGCCAAGAAAAAUCGAUGUCACGAAGAAGAUGUGGAUAUGAGCAACCUGGUUACAGGGAUCAUCGGCGCAACCUCAGGAGCCAUCAGCGCCACCGUGGUGUACCCCAUCAACCUGCUCCGAACACGUUUACAGGCCCAGGGGACCGUUCUCCACCCGCCCACAUACAAGGGCAUUGCAGACGUCACCGUCAAGACGAUACAAGGAGAGGGAUUCAGGGGACUUUUCAAAGGCGUGACACCCAAUUUAUUGAAGGUGGCACCAGCUGUCAGCAUCAGCUAUGUGGUUUACGAGAACAGCAAGGCGUUAAUGGGUUUACAUUGAGGCAGAGGCUUCCCAGCUGCCACACUACUUGCCGGUAUUUACUGAACCUUUUAGAUAUGAAGAAUACUGGAAUGAGGCUCGGCUGCCUCAAGGUUUUUUUCGGAGCCUGGCUUUCACCCUUCCUCAUCUCGUACCACAGGUCUCGGUUCGAGUAGGAAGGGUUCUACCCUAUUACAAACUUUUUUGGUAUAGCAACAAUGCCGUGGUGAAAAGAUAUCUUGAAGGAUGAGAGAUAGCCAUUUGGUCUUGUUCCAACGUGUCCAUGAAAUCAAACAUG